UUCUGCUGGCUCAGUCGUGAAGAGUGAGGGUUUGAACAUCGUCAUUCUGCGUGUUUGGCACGCGAUUAGCUGAGACGUCUGCUUGUUUUCGAGUGUUAAUUCUUUAUAAGCCUUUACUGGGUUUUAAAAAUAGAUUUUAGUCAAGAGCACCUCAGUUUUGCUCUGCAACAGGCAAGGGAUUGUCGGAACGCACACGAGUGUAGUCAAUUGUUGCAGGACCUGCAAAGGAUAAAGUGUGUACGUUUAUUUGUGUACUCUCAUUCGUCUAUUCGGAACUGGGCGCUCCAGCUCCUGAUGCAACAAAACUGGAACUGGAAACUUGAACAACCAUCUCUAUUCUGAUCACGAAUUUCAGCAAAGUGAGGGAAGACUUCACUGUACCUACGUACGAUUUAAAACCCAUCUUUAUUCAAAAUCGUUGACACUUUUAAAUUCUUUUUUUUCGGUGUUUCUAUUUGGAACUUUAAAAAAAAUAAAUAAAAGAAAACAACCUUGACAUUCUGACCAUUUCCUACUCCUAUAACCAAAAGGUUGUUUGAUUUUGUUUUUCAAAUCACAUAAGACCAACAUGAAAAUGGUAAAAUAUCAUGACCAGAAUUACCCAGCUGUUUCCCAGCCUCUCUGACGAACAUUGCAUACUGCAGAAUCAUCCACCUGUGCUGAGUUGGCGACAUAAAAUAAACAUUAUCCCCCAAACGGAUGUAUGCCUCUUGGACGAGAUCCAGACUAGCCUAGCCUCCGUCUCGUGUUUCUAGGAAUUUCACUUGUUCGAUAAGAAGAAAAAAAAUUAGUAGACCUAAAUCUAGACGGAAGUCGUCAUUUUUGUUUUAAGAUUACAAAGCGUUUCACUGACUACAUCCUUAUAGCAUCAUCAUUUGGCUUUCUGCUCAGAUAGAGAGAUCUGUUUUAUCUCCGGAUUUACUAACACUUUUCAGUUUGGAAGAUUUAUCCAAACAUUCAGAUCUAUCGUUUUCUGCUUGGAAGAAAUGUUCUAGAAUUUCAGUUUAGGAAAUUUGUCUACAAAUUUAUCAAGGUUUUUCACUUUGAACAUUUAAUUUAUUUACGAAUUUACGACAGUUUUCAGUUUGAAGACUGAUUUUUCGACCAAUAAUUUAUUAAAUCGUUGAAGAAUAGAUCAAGUGUGUUAUAUUUUGUGGACAAAUCUUGCUUCAUAAAAUCCCUCAAUAUGGCUCGAAGGGAAAAGUUCGCCAUGUUCAUCAACGCAACAACGAACGCCACUCAGCAGGACGGCACGGGUCAAGGACUGGACCCAUUUCUUGAGCCGGACGGCACGGAGGGGGACGUGGACAGUAAGACGAUGAUCAUCUGUGGCGCUGUGGGUGUCCUGGUGAUGGUCAUCGUCAUGUGUGUUCUGCUGUGUUACCGGGAGCUCAGUCGCCGGAGGGAGGAGUUCGAAUUCAUGGACGAGCUGGCCAGGAAAGACUUCAUCAAGAAAAAUGUGCAGAGUAAACUUGAGCAGUUGAAGCGUUGCGAGGACUCCCGCUCGUUCCUGGAGCAGAUGGAGCUGAAGGUUCCCUACGUCACGUUCGGAGGUGUGACAAAGAUCAGCCCCGUCCCGUCGUUUGACAGUCUGGUUCACCGCACGGGCUCACACCUACACCUCCCCCACCACCACAACUACCAGCCGCUCACGUCUGCAGAAGAGCUCGAGGAAGACAGCAACAGGAACAACAGCAAAAACAAGUACAGAAGAAACAGCGACACCACCGCAGGCAUAAACAUCCUCACCGGAAAUAAUGGCGGCGGCGGAAGCGGAAGCGGCGACGGACGAGCCAAUCAGCGACGUCUGUUUCAUGGCAACGGUCAUCGCCCUCAUGUGAUUGGCGGUUCUGGGAGGUCGUGGCUGGGGUUGGUGCGCGGGUUUUUCAGACGUCAGAGCUCCAGCUCGGAGGAGAGUGAGAGUGGGGGGGAGGAGUGUGAUAACGGCAUUUGGAUAGAAGCAAUCACUGAGAUGGAGAAAUAGUGGGGAAAAGUCUCGUCCGGGUAAAAGUAAAGUAUACCCCUCCCCCGCCCGCCCUCCCAAAACGUACACACGUCUUGGAGCAUAACAACUACUACAGACUACUGUUUCCUUUUAACUCUUUCACUGUCAGGCCUGCUCCACAAUCCUACCAAAGAGCCCAAAACAGUUUUGGGUCAGGCUCUGAAGGAGCUUAUGUAAUAGCCAGGGCACACUGUCAAUCUGAUUCAUUUGAUUCAGUCGAGGCCAGUCAGAUCACCCUCUAUGGUGAGGAAAAGUCUAACCAUUUUGACACUGUAUGACGGAAUUCAACCCGGGUCCACCUUCGACCUUGAAAAACAAACGUGUUUGAUUUGAAGGGAACCCCCGAACAAGGUUAGAUUCGUUCGUAUUAUGCUAAAAUGAUAGCUUUUGCUCUUCUACGAAGGAAAAUCUGGUUGGCCCCAACAGAAUCAAAUGAAUCAAAUAGUGAGUGUGCACUUGUUAAAGGACACAACUGAAACCCAGCUGUGGCCUCCAUAAUGAUCCCAAAAGUUGUGCUUUAGGUCAAGCAGUUCAGGAUGGGGGAGGGGGGGGGGGGGUUAUACUUUACUUUUACUGUUCGUUCAAUCAAAGUAGGGACAAUCAUUAGAAAACUAGAUCACUGGUUUGGAGUCGGGAAUUGUUUUACAGUCUGUCUCAAAACUCUUUGUAUUUGUACAGGAUAUAUGAAGAUGAAGGUGAAGUGGGUCAAUUUGACCAAAGCUGGAGAUAGACCACUAUUAUUUUUUGCGGGCACAGUGGUGGUCAGACGAGUAAACCACUGGUCUGGUACAACAAGGAUUGUUCCAUUGUCUCAAAGUAAUGGAUAGGUAGUCUUUCUUUUAACACUCAGGGAGACCACGGGGAAAACAGGCAAAGUCACAAAAUGGAAGGCGUGAGGAUAUCGAUUUUAGGAACUUGUAGGGUCAAAAUUUUGAUUCUUUUAAACUGCUGGUUUAUUCAUAAUCCUCAAAUGCCGGAUGUGAAACAGACUUUGGCGAUCAUGAAUUUCUAUUCUUAUUUUUUUUCCCCCUUUUUUUUUUUUUUUGGUAAAUGUUUCACAGCGCUGCAACUGCAUAAGGUCAUAUGAGCAUGCGUCGCACAAUACGCAUUUUCAGUUUGGUAGGAAUUAAUAUUCAUUCAUCUUUCUUCUCGAAAGCUCCGCGAAAAACCUCCUGUAUUAUAAUUAUUUUAUCUUAGUCUUUCCCCAUCACCCAUUAAUUUGUCAGGGUUUUCCUAGCAGGUUACUUUGGGCUCAUCCCUGUUUUGUUUGCUUUUCUAAA